AUGGACGCAAGAACACUCGAAGAAGCAAUCAUGCAAACAGUGCUGAAAAAGCCGCAGAAGAGGAAGAUAUACGGGCAAAGAGAAGACCUUCUAAACGCCACAGCGCAUGAGUCCACUCUUAGCACAAGCUUUGUUCUAUGCUCUUUCAUCGUGUUUUUUGUAUGCUCCUACACGCUAGUCAGAUACAACACUGUGUGUCCACAGCCAUACUAA